UUGGCGCCAAAAAUUACCACGCGGAAAGGAAAGAGGAGGAGAGAGACAGCAAGUGGCACCCUUUUAAAACCUCCUUAUCUUCCUUAUCUCGCCUCCGCCAUAGCAACCAGUGACACAGUAGUGAGCCAAUUAACCUACAGAACAUCCCUAUAGGCCUGGGACGAUCUGGUAGGCUUAUAUAUUUUUUUAUUUGAUUUAUUUGAGAGUGGAGAGUUUGUUUACAUUUUUGGUGAGGCGGCACUAGUCAGCUGAUCCACUCCCCUGCUUCUAUUUUUUGUCUAUUUUCUGCCUCUGCCUCACUGAGAAGGAUAAGAAAAGAAAAAGACAAGGAAGAAAGCAGGAAAGGAAACAAGGAAAGAAAAGAAAACAGUGAAGGGAAAACAAGGAAAGGAAGGAAAAAGGGAAGAAGAACGAAAACAUCGUCAUAAUGUCACAAGGUGUGCGGAGGAGGGGUGAGAUGGCAGACAAGGCGAAGGGAACCAAGAAGCAGAAGACAGCAGGGAAAGGCGCACCACAGCGGAAGGUGGACUACAGCUUUGAUCCGUCCUUCAAGCUGCGGGAGCCCAAAGUGGAGAAGGUGGAGGGAUCAGGCGACUUCCAUCCUGUGUACUUCCUCCGCACUCACUCAAAGAACAACGAUCCAGCAGAUGUACAGACCCAGAUCUGGCAGUGUUCCUUUGAGCCGGACACACGCAAACCUGGCAGCAACACCAGCAUUGUGGCGACGUGUGGCGGCUCCUCCGUGUGUUUCAUCAACAUGCUGGACGGAGAAGUGGUGCUCAAAUACAAUCGAAGCACAAAAACUGCUACGGCCGGGGAGAACCUUUACGCACAAGUCUGGUCCACCAUUCCACUUGAUGACCUGGGCCUGAAAACCAUCAAUGUACUGGCAGCGGCUGGGGCUCGUUCCACAGUCCUCCUCAUCCACCCUGACGCUGGUGUGUGCUACCAAAUGUUCCGCACCGUUCCCAGCAAGGCAGCGGCGGUGGUGUGUGCCCUCCUCUUCCACCCUAAGAAGGCCACCUGGUUGUUUUGUGGGCACGAGGAUGGACAGAUACAGCUUUGGGACAUUGGGACGCCCACCUUACCAGGCUACGAGGUGAGCCAGGUGCAUCUCCUCACCAUCCCGCAGGGCCGGGACGUGUACAACCUGGCCUUCUCCUGCGCCCACGACCUACUCAUUGCUGGCUGUGACGGCGGCCUGUAUGCGUGGAAGGUGGACCUCAAGAAGAUAGAAGAGAAUGAAAGGCUGGAGAGGAUGGAGUUUGUCUUGCCUGAGGUGGAUGGCAAUGGGUCAGUGCUGGACAGUAUUGCCAUGCUGAGAGAUGACCUUCUGGCAGCUAAGUGUGCUCUACAUGGCCAGAUCUACGUCUUCUCAGUCAGCCGGGCUCUCAACGCUGCUAAAUAUAAUAAGAAUCGUGGACAGCUCCAGUCUGAGGUGAAGAACAACAUGAUGGUCAGCCUGAGGUGGAGUGACACUGACAACUACUACAUGAACAUGGGAGUGGACCCCAGGUCGUGUGUGCUGGUGUGCGGUGAUGACAAGGGGCUCUGGGUGUAUGACCUGGCUGACCUGGUGACGGGGAAGGUCAGUUCACCCCUUACUGGAGGGUCACCCAUUGCACAGCAGGAGCCUGUCAAGAUACUGGAAUGGCCCGAGCUGGAGGACGCUGAGGUGGAGAAAGCAAGGAAACUGCGAUUAGACACAUAUGACAUAGUAGUGGACAAGUGUGCAGUGUCGUAUGGAGCCCAGCACAUUGUGGCAGUCACUUCAAACAACAUGGUGUGCAUCUGGAGGCAUGGGAAGGAGGAGGAGGAGGAGGAGGAGGAGGAAGAGGAGGCAGGGAAGAAAGAAGAGAAGAAAGGAGAUGGGAAGUAGAUAUAGAAAGACAGAGAUAAUAGGAGUUUUUAGUUCAAAGAUAAAGAGUGUGUGAUAUUUUUUUAUAGAGUGAAAUUACGGAUUGUUUUUUAGUUGUAGAAAGGAUGUGUGUGUGUGUUUAGUGAAGAAAGGAAGAAGGAAAAGGAAAAAAAAAGAAUGAUGUUUAGAAUAAGAUGGAGAAAGGAAUAGAAAUGACACUAAUGUUUUAGAUAAAGUAGAAAAAUUAUGUUGAUUAGAUACAAGAAAGAUAUUUGUGUGUUUAGUGAAGACAUUAGAUAAAGUAGAAAAAUUAUGUUGAUUAGAUACAAGAAAGAUAUUUGUGUGUUUAGUGAAGAAAGGAAGAAAAGAGGAAAAAAGAAUGAUGUUUAGAA